AUGGAGAGGUCUGGUAAGAUGGACAGGGGUGGAGAGACAUCAAAGGGUGGUUGUAGUGAUUCAGGGUAUUUGGGUGGUUGUGAAAGGUCAAGUCACAGGGCACCGGCAACAGAGAGUGGGCAUAUGUCGGUCGAACAUAUGCUUAGUGAAAGUAGUGAUGAUAAUGGUGUUGACAUUAUUGCACCGAGGAAAGAAGAUGUUAUGGGGAAAGAGUUUAAAACGAUAGAAUUAGCGGAAGAAUAUUAUAUGAGUUAUGCAAAGGGCAUUGGAUUUAGCGUGAGAAAAGACAAAUUGGUUCGAAAUUCGGAAGGGAAAGGUGGAGAGACAUCAAAGGGUGGUUGUAGUGAUUCAGGGUAUUUGGGUGGUUGUGAAAGGUCAAGUCACAGGGCACCGGCAACAGAGAGUGGGCAUAUGUCGGUCGAACAUAUGCUUAGUGAAAGUAGUGAUGAUAAUGGUGUUGACAUUAUUGCACCGAGGAAAGAAGAUGUUAUGGGGAAAGAGUUUAAAACGAUAGAAUUAGCGGAAGAAUAUUAUAUGAGUUAUGCAAAGGGCAUUGGAUUUAGCGUGAGAAAAGACAAAUUGGUUCGAAAUUCGGAAGGGAAAGAUCUGUACAAUAAGUUGGAUGCAUCACGCAGGGAAAUUUUGCUCGACGGUGACACAGAAGCUGCACUCUCUUACUUGAAAGCGAAAGGAGCAAUGGAUCCAGAAUUCUUUUGUAAGUUCAGUGUUGACGAGGAAAAUAGGCUUCGUAAUUUGUUUUGGAGGGACUCCACUUCACUUUUGGAUUACAUUGCCUAUGGCGAUGUCCUCAUAUUUGACAGCACGUACAAAACAAAUGUUUAUGACAAGCCCCUAGUGUUGUUUGUCGGUUCGAACAACUACCGUUCUACUGUAAUGUUUGGUUGCGCAUUAUUGCAGGACGAGACAUUUGAAACUUACAAGUGGUUAUUGGAAACAUUCUUGGCAUCCAUGAAAGAUAAGAAGCCAAUAUCAAUAUUGACGGAUGGCGAUGAGGCGAUGCGUAAAGCUAUUGAUGAUGUGUUUCCCAUGUCUAACCAUCGGUUGUGCUCAUGGCAUGUGUCAAGGAAUGCACAAAAUAACUUGAAGGAUGAUGAAUUGCUUAGAAAUUUUCAGGCAUGUAUUUGGGAACCAUUUGCAUUGGACGAGUUUGAGAAGAAAUGGGAGGUUCUGAGGGAAAGAGCGAGUACUCCGAAACAAAAAGAAUGGUUGGAAAUGAUGUAUGCAAAAAGAGACGCAUGGCCUGAAUCAUGUCUGAGAGGACAGUUUUUCGGUGGUAUGUGCACCACUCAACGCGUGGAGUCCAUGAACAAGUAUGUGAAAGAUUACUUGAGGAAAGGCGUGAAGUUGUUUGAAUGUAUUCCAGCAAUUGAUAGGGCUAUAUUACGUCUUAGGAAUACCACGGCGAAGGAAGGUUUCAAUGCAAAGUACUCAACACCGGUCCUUAAAACCGGAUUGACAAAACUCGAGCAACAAGCUUCUCUGAUUUACACGCAUAGGUGUUUUGUAUUGGUACGUCAUGAGAUCGAAGCUUGUUCAGCACUCACCCAUGAUAAUGUGAUGCAUAAUUUUGGAGGUCGUGUAUACGUAUUGUCAAAAUAUGAUGAACCGCAUAAUAAUUGGACUUGUAUUUACCACGGUGGGGAAAAUAUGCGGAUAGAGUGUGGAUGCCGGAAAUAUGAAAGUGAAGGGAUCCCGUGUUGCCACCUAUUUUAUGUAAUGAAGUGCGAGCACCUUACGGAAAUUCCUCCCGCACUCAUAAUGAAGAGAUGGACAAAGAAUGGCCAAACUGAUACAUGUAGGGAAUUUAUCGGCAAAGGCGAAGACACAACCAACGAAGUUGUAGAAAUGGCGAGGUAUGGACAUUUAAGUGCUAUGUCAAACAAAGUUUGUUUUUAUGCAUCGAAGAGUGCAGAUGGUUAUGCCAUGUUGACGAAUGAGUUUAGUAGAUGGGAGGGAAUUUGUGAAGGCUUACGGCAAAAGGAAGAACAGACAAGUCUGAAAUUGGGUACUGGUGAGCAAUGUCCUCCAAAUAUUGUGAAAGAUCCAAAUAUCGUUAGGACAAAAGGCACUCAAGCAAGGCAGGGUGGAAUGCGCAAGCGUCGACAAUGUCAUUUGUGUCACGGAUAUGGACAUACAAAGCGUAAUUGCUCUCAAAGAAAUUUGCAUCCAAGUAGACAUGCAGGUGUGAAUAUCCCAUCAGGUAGUGAAGGAUAUCAGUAUACUUCUGAUAUCCGGCCGUUCCCGGACAUUAGCUACAGUUAUCCUAGUCAAACGGUUUCUCAAUGCCAUGGGAACUAUGUGGUUAAUUUGCCUGGUUCUGAUAGUUUUUCUACUGCAGACCCAACCGGUUCUACCCCCAACAGUGACGAUGGUUUCUCAUUCGACAAUGGGGAACCUAAUUCCCUAUGCACUGGUUCAACCCAAAACAAUUGUAGUUUUCGAACUUGGUUUACAUGUAACAAUUAA